UCCAAGAGACCGAAUUGCAACAAGAGGUAACAACUAUAAAAGCUCACGUCGGGCUCUGGAUAGGCACAGUCGUUGUAUCGUUUCUAGGUAUUCAACUUAGUAAAACCUUAGAGUUGACAAAAAUGGCAUUCAAGUUCAUCACCUUCGCCACCCUUUUGGCCGUAGCACGUGCUGGUCUCCUUCCAGCUGCUCCAUAUGCUUCCUACGCUGCUGCCCCAGUGGCCCAUUACGCCCCAGCUCCAUUAGCGUACGCUCCAGCUGUCGCCAAGGUCGCUGCUCCUCUUGCCUACGCUGCUCCAGCUGUCGCCAAGUAUGCCGCUCCAGUUGCUUAUGCUGCCCCAGCCAAAGUUGCCGUUGCUGAGGAGUACGACCCAAAUCCACAAUACUCCUUCGCCUACGAUAUCCAAGAUGGUUUGACUGGUGACUCAAAGAGCCAACACGAAACCCGCAGUGGAGAUGUCGUCCAAGGAAGCUACUCCCUCGUCGACCCAGACGGCACCAAGCGUACUGUCGAAUACACUGCUGACCCACACAACGGAUUCAACGCUGUCGUCCACAAGGAACCACUCGUCCAAAAGGCCGUAGUAGCUGCCCCAGCCCCACUUGCUUAUGCUGCUCCAGUCGCUAAAAUUGCCGCCCCUCUUGCCUACGCUGCCCCUGCUGUAGCCAAGUUUGCUGCCCCAGUUGCCGCUUACCACGCUGCUCCAGCCGCUUACUACCAUCAUUAAGGAUUAGCGAGCUUUGUUUAGACUCUUAUUGUUUUGAACUAGGACGAAGUGUAAGACGGUAGUAAAUGUUUUUAAAAAGGAGCACAGAGCGGACGAACUUGUGCCGUUUUCUAACAACAUCA